AUGGGUGACAAUGGGGCUUUUGUGGUUCAUUUCAUUGAGCUACGGCAUAAUCAUUGUUUGUGCUCGGAUGUGGCUAAGCCUUUCUUGCGGGGUAAUCGUUCCAUGGAUGUGCAACAUCAGAUUUUUGUGCUUAAGUGUGCUAGGGCCAACGUUGGGCCCAAUAGGUCGUUUCGUUUGGCUAGGGAGUUUGCUGGGUCGUAUUCAAAUCUUGGUGCGACAUGUGUCGAUUUUAAAAAUUUGAAGCGUGAUUUAAUGGCAUUUAUUGGAACUUCAGAUGCUCAUAUUGUUGUGAAAAAAUAUGCUAAGAAGGUAGAUGAUUGCCCGGAUUAUGUCUUUAGAUAUGAUGUAGAUUCUCAGGAUCAGUUAUGUAGGGCUUUUUGGACUGACCCUAUUGCGAAGGAAAGAUUUUCAGCUUUUGGAGAGGUGGUGUCGUUUGAUGCAACUUAUGGGACUAAUAGGUAUGGUAUGGUAUUGGUCCCGUUUACUGGUGUUGAUAAUCACAAGAGAGGUGUCACAUUUGCAAUGGGGUUGAUUUCCCGUGAAGAUGUGGACUCUUACGUGUGGCUUCUCCAGCAAUUUAAAAGUGCAAUGGGUUGUGUGCCUAGUUGCACUAUCACUGAUCAAGAUCCUUCGAUGCGAGUUGCAGUCCCUCAGGUGUUUGAUACUACGCGGCACAGGUUUUGUAUGUGGCAUAUUAUGUCAAAGGUUGGCGAGAAGGUUGGUAAUGUUCUAUCUAAAGAUGAGGAGUUUCGGCGCGCGUUGAAUGAUGUUGUUUGGUGUGAGACGUCGUCCGUGGAGGAGUUUGAGCGGGGUUGGCAGGACGUUAUGGAAAAGUAUAGCCUUGGUGACCACCGAUGGUUUCGUCUUAUGUAUGAUCUGAGAUUGUAUUGGAUCCCUGCGUAUUUUAAUGAUAUUUUCAUGGGUGGAUUGCUUCGCACGACAUCGAGGUCCGAAGCUGCGAAUAGUGUGUUUGGUAGUUGCACAAACCAGCAUGCUAGUUUGUCUGAGUUGUUCAACAAUUUUGAAGGGGCUAUUGAUGCUCAACGUUUGGCGCAGGCCAAACUAAAUGCUGAGUGUGAGGGCCAUUUUCCUUUGUGCCAGACUCCGAUGUUGAUUGAGAAGCAUGCGGCUGCGGUGUACACUAUUAAUGUUUUUUAUGAUGUGCAAGCCGAGGUUAUCGCGGGAUCUUUUUCGUGUCGUGCUGUGCGUUCAAAUGUUGAAGGGCUGGUAACCCGGUAUGAGGUUGAAGAUGAUGAUGGCCCGGUGCGCACCGUGAGUUUUGACUCUGGUAAUGAUGGUGUUGAGUGCACGUGUAACAUGUUUUCACGGGUUGGGUUACUUUGUCGUCAUAUUUUCUGGGUUUUCAAGGAUCGUAGGGUUGUUUCUAUUCCUUCUCGGUAUGUGAUCGCACGUUGGACAAGGGGGCUUGUGUGCGACAGGUGUUGGGUGUUCAACGUGGGGGCGAUUCGGAGGUAG